UCUCUCUCUCUCUCUCUCUCUCUCUCUCUCUCUCUCUCUCUCUCUCUCUCUCUCUCUCUCUCUCAGUCUUGUGUGUAGUACGCGAGUACCGGGCAGACGUACACGAGUCUUCCAGGUCAUUCCUUUUAUUCGCAUCACCUAGACUUCAAGAUCAGCAGGAUGGUGGCUAUCAAGGGUCGUAAAAGUUCUAAUAAGAACCCACCGAUCAUGAGCCACGAGUUUGUUAUUCAAAACCACGCGGAUAUCGUUUCCUGCGUAGCGAUGAUUUUCGUCGUUGGGCUUAUGGUACAGGUCACAUCACCAUGGGCAUAUACUUUCAUUGCCAUCCAUCAUAAUGUUUCUUCGUUGAUUUCUAUGGAUGGAACUGUACCUCAGCAGCCUACUAAAUAUGCAACUGGAUUGAAGGAUGCUUGUGCAGUUUUCUUUUAUUUCUUGAUCACAAUUGUUAUGCAUGCUGUUAUUCAAGAAUAUGUUUUUGAUAAAAUUUCAAAGCGUCUGCAUUUGAGCAAGAGUAAAUUCUCCAAAUUCAAUGAAUCUGCCCAGCUUGUUAUAUUUUAUGCCUUAUCUGUUAUUUGGGGUAUUGAUAUUAUAGUCAGGGAACGCUUUAUAUUUAAUAUACCUGCUUUAUGGAAUGAAUAUCCAGCUUCAAUGUCUUUCUCGCUCAAAUUCUUCUACAUUGGCCAAAUAGCUUACUGGCUGCAUUGUUAUCCUGAACUGUACUUUCAGAGAGCCAAAAAAGAAGAGAUCCCCCAUAGAGUAGUCCAAGCUACCAUUGGCUUACUCUAUACUAUUGGUGCCUAUGUUUUGAACUUCCAACAUGUUGGUGUUAUUCUGUUGGUUCUUCAUCAUGUUGGAGAAGGUUUACUGCAUGGCGCUCGAUUGGUUCAUUUUGCUGAUCAGAAGGAAAAAGCUUCUAAAGCAUCAUUUUUGGUGGCAAAUUCCGUGUUUAUUGCCACUAGAAUCAUUACGAUACUUCUCUCGACUCUUGUUUUUUUCUAUGGCUUAGGUCAAGUUAAAAGUACGUUUAACUUGGCUGAGGGCAACUUUAACAUCCCACCAAUUCGUUAUUCAGCACUAGCAGCAAUUUUAGUCUUCCAAUUUUAUAUGCUUUUCGCUUUCUUGAAAUACCAACGCAAGCGCGCUGCUGCAAAUGGAGCCCCAGCUAUUUCGUCGAAAGUUAAAGUAAUAAAACAGAAGCCUAAGAAGAAGGAGGCAAGCAAGAAGUCUGGAGGAUCUGAAGAUGAAACUGCUGAGUCGGAUCAGGGAACCAGGAAAAGCCCGAGAUUCAGGGCAGCGACAGCCGCAAAAGCGAAAUAGCGCGUUUCCAACCGUCGCAACAGACGAACAAGUUUUCGUAGUCAGCAAAACGAAGACAGUGCAACAAAGACUCGUCAAGGUUUAACAGUUUUUCUGCGUUUUUUUAGUGGCUGCAAUUUUAAUGAUAUUUUUGUAAUAUAAGACUCGAAUCGAUCAUGUUAUCUGGCCAGCUCGUAUAAUUAUGUUGGAAGAGAGAUAUGUGCAACGAGCUCGCGCCCGAACUCGCGAUAUAUAUUUUAAAAAAUAUAGAAAAUACAAAUUUAUAUGUUAUAUAUAUUUUUAAUAAUAUUUAAGAAAAAUACUUUGUAUAGGAAUCGAGGCAAUUUUUGUUUGACUGCAUUAACAAUGUUGUCGUUGUUUCUUAUUGUCAUUGACUUGACUCAGCGACAUAUCUCUUUUUUGUGUGCAUCGUGCGAGAUAAAUUUUGAUGAUGAAGUAUUAUACAUUAUUGUCGAAGCGAGUGUUGAAAGGAAAGGAUGAGAAUAGUUGAAAGAAAAAUGAUGAGCAAAAUAUAUAAAUAAC